GGCAGCUUCAAUCGCAAGACUCAUAGGGCGCAGGACGUCAAUUGGGUGAGUCAAAAGAUACAAGGGGUACAAGAACAUCUCCAGUCAUGUCCCUCACACGCCCCAACCCUCGCCUCCUCAGCCGUACAAAGCGCAUUUUCACCUCGCAGAUACGAACAUAUGCUGCGCCAGGUGACGGUGUGAUCCCCCCUGCGAAGAAGAAGUAUGUCCCAACCUCGGGCACAUAUCCACUGGGCUUCAAGGCUGGAAGUGCACAUGUUGGUGUCAAGGCGUCGAACACCCGCUUCGACGAUCUUGCUCUGAUCGCAUCUGAUACACCGUGCGCAGGAGCUGCUGUCUUCACCACAAAUAAGUUCCAAGCGGCUCCUGUGACCGUCAGCAGGGAUAUGCUGAAGAAGAGGAAGGGCGAGGGAAUCAGAGCUGUCGUGGUAAACUCGGGCUGCGCCAAUGCGGUGACAGGACGUGGAGGCAUCGAAGAUGCUAUAUCCAUGGGCAAAGAAACUGACAAGUGCUUCAUACAAGACAAGAACGGGCAGGAUGACCUGAAAGGAAGCCGGAGCAUCGUUAUGAGUACCGGUGUCAUUGGUCAACGUCUGCCCAUUGACAAGAUCACAUCAAAGAUACCCACUGCAUACUACAACCUAGGAGAUACACACGAACACUGGCUCGGCACCGCACGCGCAAUUUGCACGACCGACACAUUUCCCAAGCUCGUCUCAAAGACAUUUACACUACCAAGCACUCAACAAGAAUACCACAUCGCGGGUAUGACUAAAGGCGCAGGCAUGAUCCAUCCCAACAUGGCCACUCUUCUAGGCAUAAUAUGCACAGACGCACCCGUCGCCCCCUACUUGCUCCGUCAGGCACUCGUCUCUGCAAUCGGAAAAUCUUUCAACAGCAUUUCCAUCGACGGUGACACAUCCACCAACGACACAGUAGCUAUCUUAGCCAACGGUGCCGCGGGCGGCCAGCCUAUCAACUCCGCUGAUUCUCCAGACUUUGCAGCUUUCCAAAAGGUUCUCACAGACUUUUCGAUUGACCUAGCCAAGUUGGUCGUCAGAGAUGGAGAAGGUGCGACAAAGUUUGUCACCAUCAAAGUAACAAACGCUGCGUCCUACAAAGACGCGCACCGCGUAGCUUCCACCAUCGCGCGCUCGCCACUCGUCAAGACAGCCUUGUAUGGAAAGGAUGCGAACUGGGGCCGUAUUCUGUGUGCGACAGGCUACGCAGAGGGUGUUGAUUCAGUGGUACCUGAGGAGACAAGCGUAAGCUUUGUACCCACAGACGGCAGUGAGGAGUUGAAGCUGCUUGUCAAGGGUGAGCCAGAGCAAGUCGACGAGAACAGGGCAGCCAAGAUACUAGAGGCAGAAGAUUUGGAGAUUAAGGUUAGGUUGAGCGAAAAGGAAGGAGAGGAAGCUGUCUUCUGGACAUGUGAUUUUAGUCAUGAGUACGUCACUAUCAACGGCGACUACCGGACAUGAGGAGAUGUAGUCAUGAUACUUUGAUGAAGCGAUUGGCGUAUUGC